ACGUACAUCCAAAUCCGGUAAUCGUUAUUUCAUCAUUUUCAUCGAAUUCACGUUCAAGACACGUUGGCCCGACUGAUCGACCCGACCCGAUCGUAUCAGACCCGAAUCAUCGGUUCCUGAGAGUUUUCUUUCUGAUUCUUCAUCUAAUUACGCAUGAGAGUGUCUGAAGAACCAGUUCUAGAUAGAGAAAACGGAGUCUUGAAGGAUCUGAAACUUUCGAUUGAAUUGGUAGAAGGAGAUACGUAGAGGGGGAUUUUUUUAAUCAGGAACCCUAGAAAUGAAAAAUCCCCAAAUCUGAAUGGAAACCCUAAUCAUAACCCGCAUCGAUCUCUGCGGAUCCUCCAUCUCCGCGCAGUGUCGGAUCAUUCUCCGAACCUCACUCUUCUUCGCCGGAGGUUGACCUGAUAUUGCGUGUUGUUUUACUGAAGCUAGGGGGUUGGGGGGGUGAGAGAAAGGGGCUUAGAUAGGUGAAGAGAGAGAAAAAGUUGGACAGAGAAUGGGGAGUCCUGGAUCUGGUGCGGUUGAUUAUGCUGUGGGAUCGAUCGUGUGGGUCCGAAGGAGGAAUGGUUCAUGGUGGCCCGGUAAAAUCCUGGGUUCCGACGAGCUUUCAUCUUCGCACCUUACAUCACCUCGAUCUGGAACUCCAGUCAAGCUCCUUGGAAGAGAAGAUGCCAGUGUUUUGAAUACUGAAGAAAGCUGGGAAAUAUCCAAUGCGUCCAAUAACAAGGAUUGGUACAAUUUAGAGAAGUCCAAGCGUGUAAAGCCAUUCCGAUGUGGUGAGUUUGAUGAUUGUAUUGAAAGGGCAGAGUCCUCGCAAGGAAUGCCAAUAAAGAAAAGAGAGAAAUAUGCACGUAGGGAGGAUGCCAUCCUUCAUGCUCUUGAACUUGAGAAGGAGCUACUGAAGAAGCAAGGAAAACUUAAUUUAUGUUCUGAUCAAAUGACUAUUGAAUCAUCCGGUGUCACUGCAAAGAAGGAAAUACUUUCUUCAGAACAUAUAGGAACUGACGAUAUGAACGAUGGGCAUUCUGAAUCACAUCAAUUUUCUAAGAUAGUAGAUGUAAAUUAUGACAGUAAAAUUACGGAUCCAUGUCAUAAAGCAAGUGAAGGAGCUCAACUUAGUGGUGAGGAUGACCAUUCUGAAGCAAGGCCGAGAAUGAGAGGCUUGCAGGACUUUGGGCUCAGAAUUACUCCUUCAAAAAGAAAGGUUCCAUCUUCUUCUGUUGUCUCAAAUGGUUCUGAAAUGCUUGCAACUGAUACCAAUGCUUUGGCUCCUCGUGAUGGUGUUUGUAGCAUUGGAAAUGAUAGCGAUGCAAACGGGAUGCAGCAAAUUGAUCGUGUGAAGAGGAGCAAGUGUAUGUAUCUUCCAGCUGAUUCUAGUGAUUCAUUGGAAUACAGAGAACCUUCUCUAGGUCAGGUUGAGAUGUCAACACCCCAUUCAGGAACCCGGGUUAUGCCUUCUCGGCCUGAUUCCCUGGUUGAAGAAAAUGCUUCUGGUUCAUAUGAAAAUGAUUCUUCUGACUCAGAGACUGAUUCUGAUUCUUCUAGGUCAGAUCAGGACGUGGAUAAUGACACGGCUGCACUUUCGGAUUCCACUUUGCCUUCAGAAAAGGAGCCGAGUACAUUUGAAAGAACGGACGCACAAGAGCAUGUAAAUAUGAGCAGCGAGGAGCCUGAUGAUUCUGUGCAUUCUGGUGACAUGUCUCACCUGUAUCAUCAUGAACCCGUGUCUACUAACGAAGCAGUGUCUAAGUGGCAAUUGAAGGGGAAAAGGAAUGUUCGUAAUCUUUCUAAGAGGCCUGUCGGAGUAGACGACGAACCAUCAAGCCACCUAUGGGUACAUGGGAAGACAAGACUUAAUAACAAGAAUUAUUAUUUUGAUGAUAGCAUGGAGGGAGAUGCUGAUGCAUUGGAAGAAGAAUAUUAUUUGGCCUCAAAAAGAGUUUCAAAAGAUCAGUAUCUUGCCAGAAACUAUAUGCCCGACUGGGAAGGUCAGCCUGCUUUGAAAGGAUAUUGGGAUGUCAAAAAUCCCUUGUAUGGUAUCCGUCAUCAUUUUGGUGGGAGGACAAGAACUAUACUAAUAGAUGUUGAUCUGAAGGUCCAUGCAAGUUACCAGAAAGAGCCUGUUCCUAUAGUAUCACUCAUGAGCAAGUUAAAUGGGCAGGCUAUAAUCGGGCAUCCAAUUCAAAUUGAAACGCUCGAAGACGGGUUUUCUGAAACGCUUCUUUCUGAUGGUCUAGGCAACGGACCGAGUGAAAAUGAUGGAAGCACAGCACUUCAACCAGCUUGGAGGACGGCAAGGAGGACAGCAAACGUUCGCAUCCCUCGCCCUCAUCUGCCAACAGUACUGGAUGGUGAAGAAGCUGGCUAUGACUCUCCUUUUGGUGAUCAAGAAAGGAAAACAAGGUGCAAAAGAGUGAAAACCGGGGUCAACAGUCACAAGGCAGGCGCGGGGCAGGGGAGGGGCCAACCACACAUUCCCCGAGCUUCUUCUUCUUCUCAUGAGAGAAGGCUCCCAAGAAAGAUGGUAAAGAAAGUAAGCAUAUCAUCUAAUAACCAGAAGACUAAGACUAGAACUUUGUCUUCAAUAGGCGUUGAGCAGAACCAUAGUAACAUGGCAAUACAUGAUAGUGUAACUUGUCAAAUGAAUGGAUUGAUGAAACCAGAAUCAUCUGGGCCACCAACUGUAGCAUGCAUACCUGUAAAAUUAGUGUUCAGUAGAUUAUUAGAGAAGAUCAAUAGGCCACCCUCCAAAGCCACCACCACUAAUAACGUGGUAUUGUUGUUAAAUAAUAAUAAUUCUAAUACAGAUCCUUGACAAGUUACUCACUUGUAGUGUAUACUCAUGACAGCCCCAAAUAAAUGUAUAUCCCCUGGUGCUUGCAAAUUGGUAGUGGAUAUUGCCAGCCCUGAUUCUUGAGAGGAUGAAGUUGAACAUGAUGGCCUAUAUUAGCUGUAAUAAGUAGUAAUUAGGGGACCGUAUUCUUUUAAGUUGUUAAUUGUGGGAUUUAUAUAGGAGAAUGUAUAUUUUUUGUUCAAUACAAGAUAGUUCUUUGAUCUG